CAAAAUUGGAUUUAUUGGUAUAACAUGUCACUGGCUAACUCCAAAAUUUGAAACGAUUGAUAUUUUACUAUGUUGUGAAAAAAUACCAUAUCCUCAUACUAGCCAAGCAAUUCUUUCUUUUAUUUCAACCAAACUCAAAGAAUUUGAUCUGGAACAAAAAGUGAUUUUUGCGGUCAGUGAUAAUGGUGCUAACAUGAUACGAGCAUUCAAAGACUCUGAAAAAAUCUCUCAAUUUAAGAAGUUGAUAAAAUUUUUUACAACAUCCGUAAAACAAUCUGAACACUUGGAUCAAGCUCAAAUUACCAUUGCAAAAAACAAAAACUCAGAAAUUCAAGAAAAUGAUUUGAUUCGGUUUAUUGACGAUAAUUCAGAACAAGAAGACGUGAAUAUCACUGAUAAAACUGAUGAAACUGAUAAUAAAGAUGGCGUUGAAAAUGAAGAAGCUAAUGAACUAAUUGAAAUUUCAAAACUCAAACUAUUACGCAAUAUAUCAGACGUUCGUACUCGUUGGAAUUCCAGUUAUUAUUCAUGGCAACGUUUAUUAGAACUACGUGAAGCUAUUGAAUGGUUGGCUACAACAUUGCCUUUACAGAGAGAAAAUAAUGCCUGA